AUGGAAACGCUCGAUAUACUAACAAAUUCCACUCUCGACUCGUCGUCGUCACCACGCGGCACCUCCAUAAGCAACGAAGCCCCUCGCUUAGGCUUCGACAUGGCUCCAGCUCAGGCCUGCCAGCCUCCUAUUCCGCACGAUAUCGAUUGGGAGUCCAACUACGAGCUCGGCUUGCCCGAUUUCCCAGACUUGCAGCCCAAACAGUCGCUCGAUUCCAUGGCCGCCACGCUAGACCUCACAGACUUCACUCCCCCACAGCAGCAUUCUCCGCUCAGUGUGUCGCCAGAGAUCAAGCCGCCGUCUGAGCAGCCCGACCCGGACCCGCAGCCGCAGCCCCUGCUACACGUGUCCCGCUCGCGCUCCUCCAGAUGCCCCGUCUGCCGCAAACACAUUACCAGAGACAUGUCCCGACACCUGCGCACACACGAGCCUGUUUCGCGAUUCAAGUGCGUGUAUCCGCGCGAAAUGUGCAUCCACAAGACGGGACAGUUCAACAGACCGUACGACUUUAAAAAACACCUGCUCAACUGCCAUUUUGAGUUUGACGACCGCGACGCUAAAAAGCUGCACAACUUGAGCGACAAGCUCCCCCACACCGGUAAAUGCCACUGCGGACUCAAAUGCACAGCGGAGUUCUGGCUCGACUCGCACAUUUUGCCAGACUACGGCUCGUCGUUCCGCUGUAAGCACCUCAACAAUGUAUACGAGAAGACCGGCAUGAAGCCUCCUAGCCAACGAUUCAGCACAAGAGGCUAG